AUGCGAUCCCCGUUGCAUGCUAAGCUGAGUACAAUUAUUUGGAAUGGCCAGUGGAACCUGGGGGAUUGCUACUUCAUCUCCGUCAUUCACCUCAGACUUCUCUGCCAGAAUAUCACUCCUUCUGGCCGUGAUGCUAUUCUAUGGAACAAUGAUAGUGAGGUUUCAGUAUCUUCUGUUUAUAAGAACCUAGUGCAACACAACACCGCUCCUGUUUGGUUGGACUUUGUUUGGCACGAGUUUCACAUUCCUCGGUAUGCAGUUAAAGCUUGGCUUGUUUUGCAAAAACGUUUGUUCACUAAGGAUCGUAUGCUGAGAUUCGGUCUUUACACUGAUCCAAUAUGUGUUCUCUGUGCUACUCACCCGGAAACGCAUUCUCAUCUGUUUUCUCACUGUGCCUACAGCAGAAUUGUUCUUAAUGCAUGCCCCUUCAAAGUGUCCUCGACUUGGGACAACUUUAUUAGUGGACGAUUUCUUGAACCUGAACCGAAUGAUUUUGAGAAGCAUAUUGGUUACUUAUUCAUCUCGGCUGUCUUUUAUGCUAUUUGGACUGAGAGAAAUAAUCGUAUUCACCGUGACACCAGAUGCAAUCCUUCCACUAUGAUUAGCAAGAUCAAGCAGAUUGUUCGAGAGAAACUUUAUUCAUGUGUUGCUUUUAGAGCUAGAAUUAAACGGGACCCUUCCUUUGUAGCCAUUCUCUACUGA